UACGACGACGGCUACUCCCUCCAUCCGUGGGGUGCAUAUGUGCUGUGCCAAUAAAACCUUGUACCGGUAUCAGACGACAAAUUACCUGUGAUGUCUAUCACUUGAGUAGUACAGAAGACAUCUAGUUGAGAUUGCCGUGGCCGAAUGAAAUGAAACCAUGUGGCCCGAGGCGGGCUCGACAGCAAAACACGGUUAACGAGCUUGGCGAGUGAGGCCACGGCUGACGCUCUGUGGCUCCCGACAGCCCACGCUGACGCUUUGUGGCUCCAAGGUCCUCGCUUCCAUCCACCCCGACAGGCCACGGCUCCGCCCCCACCGCUCUCGCUAGUCGCUACCAUGGUGGUAUCCUACACGGAGGAGCACGUGUACCGCCACCCCUGGCACCGGGUGACCGCCGCGGCGAUGCGCAAGUUCACGGACCCGGCCGCGCGCGCCGCCUCCGGGGCGCUCUCCCACAUCCUGGACGUCCACACGCUGUCCCGCGACGUGGACGCGCGGUCGGGCCGGCUGCGCGCCGUGCGCGCCAUCGCGGGGCGGACGCCGCCGCUCCCGUUCCCUAUCCGCGCCGCCGUGGCGGGAGCGGGCGGCGACGUGGUGGUGCUCUGCGUCGAGCGCACGGACGUGGACGCGCCCGCGCGCGACAUGCGGGUGGCCUCCCGUAACGCCACGCUCCGGGGGCUCGUCGACGUGCGGGAGCGGUGCAGCUACGAGCCCCACCCGGCGCGGCCCGACGAGUGGACCCUGUUCCGGCAGGAGACGACCAUCCGCUGCUGCGCGCCGCUGGCGGCCGUGGCGGCCAAGGUGGCCGAGCUCGUGGAGCGGCGCUGCGCGGAGAGGUUCGCGCAGAACGCGGGCAGGGGGAAGGAGGUCGUGGAGCGCAUCUGCGAGGACCUUGCGGCGGAGCAGGACUCGCUCGCCAGCUGAGGUACAAGUUGGAACGGCGACCAAGAGAGCGUGGUGUUUGUGCCAGUGCCGAAAAUUGCUGAUGCAUCACGGUGCUUUGCUGUCUGUGUGCAGAGGCUUGGGCCUUGUGUGAUGUGUGAUUGUGAAUGCUCCACGUCAAAUAAAAAAAAGGUGAAAAUAGUUCGAAAAA